CAAGCUUCAAAACCGUUGAGAGGAGGAUGAAGUGGCCAGAGACAACGCUUUAAAUCUCCCCAUUGGCUUCACACAACCUCUUAUCCUUUGCCAAUACAACAUCCAAGAGAAAAGCUUGUUUCUCAGUAUAAACCUACGCGGACAGAGCAAAACACACACACACCACGAUGGCAUUCGAUAUACCUGAACAACCUCAGAACCCGGGUCCCUUUGCGGAGCAGCACGGUUAUAACGACAUCAAAGUGAAGACCUAUGAUUACGACGGUCAAUGUAAAGCCAUUAAUCCUGCAAAGAACCGUGAUCCCUCGAGCUUUGAGAAGUUCACCAACAACGAGAACACCAAGAAGGCUGGGAACUUUGUGCUUGGCCAAUUGAAGAACUUUAUCCUUAGACAGUGCUCUUGAAGGACAACGGCACUGCUCCUGUUGAAACU